UCUCUGACAACAUCUUAGUGGAGGAAUAAACAGGGAGAGAAGCAAAUGUUCACAUCCAAAGAAGCUGGAGUGGAUAAUUUUAGUUUUUCCAUCCUGAUGAUCAGAAGAGUGUUUGAGGGUUUCAGAGAUCCUUCAGAACAACACGCACCAUACCAAACAUCAGUAAAUGGGAAGUGAGAUCAGCAGAAAUGUCUGCUGGAACUAUGCUUUGCUGGACUUUUCUGGUUUUUGACCUCUUCGUGUUUGUUUGUGGAGACCAGAAAAACAUCACAGCUGAGUCUGGACAGGACGUCACUCUGACAUGUCGAGGUCCAAAAAACAACAUCAGCGUUGUAGAGUGGAGCAGAACUGACCUGGGAGAUGAAUAUGUGCUUUUUUAUCGGAAUGAGCUGUUUGAUCCAGAAAACCAGCAUCCAUCUUUUAAGAACCGGGUGGAUCUGCAGGACAGACAGAUGAAGGAUGGAGACGUGUCUUUGAUUCUGAAGGAUGUGACGAUUAAUGAUACUGGAACAUAUGAGUGUCGAAUCAAGACAAAAACAAACACCAGGAAGAGAGUCAGUUUAGAUACUAACCCCAUCAGCAUCAUCUACCUGCGUGUUGAUCCUCCAGGUCGACCAGAGGAUGGAUCUGUUGGAGUGAUUGUCGGUCUCUCAGUUUCAGCUGUUCUUCUUGCUGCUGUUGUUUGUUUUUUGAUCUACAGAAAACAUAAAAUACAGCAGAGUCAGGAUUCAGUCAUAUGAACUGGAGCAUGUGUUUUAAUUUUUUCAUUCCUAAAUCAAAUAAUUAGAAGAAGGGCAGACUAUCCAAAAUGCAAAGACAAACGAGAUUGAGCAGCUGAUCUUUCAUCCAGAGACUGGGUAUACUGCAAUAAUUAAAAAAAAGGGUGGUGGAUUGCAUGGUGGAUCCAAAUAUAAUCUAAUGUUUAUUCAAUCAUAGUUCCAUCAGUUUUAACAACACUGCUACUCCAACACUACUGCCUGAAAUGCAGCUCCAAACCUUGACAGACUCUCCAUCCUUUUUUUUUUUCAAUUGAAGAGAUGACUAUUUCAACCAAAAGUUUCAAAUGUGGAUUAUGAUGAGACUUCAGUACACAGUGGAUUAAUCAGCUGAAGGUCCAGAUGCAUUUCUUGUCCUGUAUCAGGUCUCUGCUGGAUUUUUUUCUGGUUCUUAAGGAUGUGACUUUCAGAAACAGGCCUGCUGCCUCUUCUUUUGUCGUCCUCUUGUCCAGUUUCCUCAAUAAUUUUAAGGACACACUUCACACCAUGCUGAGAUAUACCAACUUUUUUGGGACUCAGUUUUCUAGUGCAAAUAUAUUACUUUAUAUCUAUCAAACUGUUAUUUCUGGAAAUAAAUUGUGUGUUUUUGUGACUGGUACUAAUAACAAAGUGUCCAAGUUGUCUGUUGUGUUUAGACACACACUGGUUCAGCCAUGGAGCUGCUUGAGUGAUUCAUAGGUCACUGUUAAGUGUCUUAACAAACACAGAAAAAAUAUCUUUGAAAUUGUUCAGGUAAGAAGAACUGGACUGGAAAUGAGUGAAGAUUUUUUUUGACAAUCAAACUAAUCCUCGUAUAGAGAUCAGCUGUUAGAGAGUAAUUACAGACACAGAACACAAACACUGUGAAGCUCUGUGGAUUAUAGACAAUGGGCCAUCUGUUAAAUAAUGUUCAGGAUCAAUUUGCUACCUGUAAUUAAGUGAUUAAGAAACAGGGUUAUAAAACCAAAGACAGAAAUAUUAUCCAAGUAGCUGCAGAGUCAGAUGUUGCCUCUCUUAUUACUGAAGCUUUCAUUUUUGAGUCUGUUUUAAAUAUGUCAAAAGUCAUUUACAUUUAUUAUUAAGUCAUUUAUUAAUAGUUUAUUUAUUAUUUAUGUGAGUUUGUUUGUGUAUUGUUAAUAAAG